AUUUGUGAAUUUAAUUUCAUAACUAACUAACAAGUACGUACACACGUUUAAGAAAUCCAUAUAAGAAAAUAAAUUUAUUUUUCAAGAUGGCUGACGUAAGCAAUGAAGAGAUAAUGAGUCAAAUGAAGCAGCAAAUGGCUUUGGCCAAUGCCCAGGGUCAGCUCUCCAAGAUGACGGGAAAGUGCUUUAAGGCAUGCAUCGCCCAGCCGGGCACUUCGCUGAAUGCAUCGGAGCAACGUUGCAUUUCCCAGUGUGUGGAUCGUUUCAUGGAUGUUUGGGAUCUGGUGGCACGCACUUAUGGCAAUCGCUUGCAGCGUGAGGAAGAACUGGAAAAGCCGUAUGAAAAGACUGGAAUGUUUUAAUAAAGUUUUCUUAUUUCAAAUAGAAA